AUGCCCGCGAGAUACUUUGAACUCAACGACGCUUCCACGACCCCUAACUCAGAUUCCACACCUGCAUGGUGGGACAAAGACAACGCAGAACCCACCGCCGAAGAAAUGACAUCCCUCGUCCGCGUCCGCACGAACGCCGAAGAGCUCGAAGCCCUCACAACGCCCAAAGGACUCCUCGUCACGGGCCCUCCAGGCGCGGGCAAAACCUUCCUCGUCGACAUGUUCUACGCUCAACUUCCUACGCCAUUCAAAGCCCGCACCCAUUACUCCCAGCUUGUACUGGAUGUAUACCGUGCUGUUUGGGAGGAGACACAGCUGCGUAUGACCUCGCCGAGCGAGGCGCCACGUGAAGUUGAGAGAGCGAAGUGGACGAGGAAUGUGAGGGAACAUUGGAGGGACCUAGUGAGGAGCGGCGCGGUGGGUAUAUCUUGGCCAAGGGGACCGAACGCCUAUGCGUCGCCAACGCGCUUGCCGAUUGCGCUGGCUGUGGCACGAAAGCUUGUGCUCAGGCAUUGGCUACUGGUACUGGACGAGCUCCAACUCCUCGAUGUUUCAUCCGCGACACUGCUUUCAGACGUUCUAUCUUACUUCUGGCGCCUCGGAGGCGUCUUGGUUGCCACGUCGAACCGUGUACCGGAGGAUCUGUACCGCAACGGUGUGCAGCGCGACAGGCUUGAACCAUUCGUUGCUGCGCUCACGGCGAGGUCACCGGUCGUUGAGAUGAGGGUGGAAAGGGACUGGCGCGUUGUGCGUGCUGAGGAGGGUGUUGGUGGGACGUGGUACACCGAGAAUCAGCGGGACGCGUUCGAUGCGCGCCUUCAGCAGGUCGCCGGCGGGGACAAGCCGACCCCUCGCACACUGAACAUCUUCGGGCGUCAACUCGUCGUACCAUGGACCUCAGGCUCGAUAUGCAAGUUCACCUUCGCAGAGCUAUGUCUCGAGUCCCUCGGACCAGCCGACUACCUCUCCCUCGCCUCAACAUUCUCCACAAUAGCCAUAACAUCCAUCCCAAUCCUCAAAGUCUCCGACAAGAACCAAGCGCGCCGGUUCAUCAGUCUCAUCGACGCCCUAUACGAAGCGCGAUGUCGCCUCCUCUGCCUCGCCGCUGCGCCGCCCGAACAACUCUUCUUCCCUGACGCUACCGAGACUACGCGAGAGGAUGUGGACGUGAUGAUGGCAGAAUCCGUCGCAGAAACGCAAGACGUCUACCGCCCGAACGUCUCGUCGUACGACGCGCCACAGAUGGACGAAGCCCCCGCUGCACCCUCCGCGCCACUCGCGCUAGACACGCUCUCCAUCUUCUCGGGCAAAGACGAGCAGUUCGCGUACAAGCGCGCGUUGUCGAGGCUGCGAGAGAUGACGUCCGCGAGAUAUGCGCGGGAGGAAGUGUGGAGGCCUAUCGGAGAGGAGGGGCGGAAGUGGGAGCGGAGUUCGGCGGGUGCGAGGGCGAGGGCGCCGGUGGGGACGAGACGGGCGGACAGCGAGGGUGAGGAGGGUGAUUACGCUGCCGAGGCGGCAUACGAGCGUACACGACAUGGGGUCGAUGCGAAGGUGCGGCCUGAGGCGCCGAGGAUACGACCGAGGCAUGUGUGGGGCGUCGAUGAACCAAGUGGAUGA